AAAUACAAAUACGUCUGUUCGGUUCAACUACAGAACAUCACAAUAUUGCUACUGCAUUAUGGAGUAUUGGUUUAAUCUAUAAUAAAAAAUCUGAUUACAAGCGUGCACUCGAUAAUUUUAUGAAAGCGCUGCAAAUGUAUGAAAAUACACUACCUUGUGGCCACGAUCUCACAAUGAAGCUAUUUUUAGCAAUUGUUGAAAAUUAUGUUGUAAAUGAAAAUUUUCACAGUGCAUCCGAAUUCUGUGAAACAAAACUAGCACAAUAUCAUCCGAAUGUAGAGCCAAGCCAUCCAAGUAUCGCGAAAAUCCGCCAACUCAUGGGUUAUAUUGCAUUUAAGAGCAAUAAAUAUGAAGACGCAUUCAGAUUGUUCGAAGAAGCAUUGCAAUUAUUGAAAGAACACAAUCAACAUGAGAAUGAGUCGAUUCUGGACUGUUUAAAAUAUCUUGCUGAAACAGAAAAACACAGAGACAAUUACGCUGAGGCUCUUAUUUAUUUAGGUGAAGCAUACAAUAUACAAAAGAACAUAUAUUUACCUAAUCAACCUCAAAUUGCUGAAACACUUCGUCAGCAAACAGAAUUUGAAAGACAAUCUGAUAGAUUAUUAAAUAUUAAAAUAAAAUGA